AUGGAAAAUGCCUACACCGCUGCGGCUGAAAGCGUUAAGAACAAGUAUGCAACUUCGCAGAUACCGUUUGCGUCCAAUCGUAGCAUCAAGGUCAUGAAAGAAGUGAACCUCACAGGUCGACCCAUGCGUGUUCGAGUCAUCACAAGUGACGGCGACAUCGUUCCCACCGAAGCCCCUGAGGACGAUGAAGACGCAAGCACCAGUGAACCGCGUGAUCCGGCCAUUCACAAGCUUGACGAGAUGGGAGAGAUGAUUGAUGAAGUGGUGCUGAAGGACUUACCCAAGAUCGUGGCUGCAGUGGCGGCCAAGAUCAGUCAUCGACCCUUUGAGAGCGAAAUCCCUAAGGCUGCCAGUCGGAUGGUGGUGAAGUUAUUGACCGAGACUCCAGUGAGAGACGUGCCGGACGCCAUCAUCCAAAUGUUGAUGGAACUGGCCUCCAGAGAACGUCCCAACGUGGAUCCUUUGCCCCUUGUCCAAUCCGCGCUUCAGCAGAUCUUGGAUGAUUACCGGGCUCCACGGAAGGAAAGCAUUUCCAAGGUGGUAGAUCAAGCAAUGGAUUCCGCGCAGGACUUGGAGGCUAAGGCGGCUAAGGCCGAGGAAGCAAAGGAAGCAGAACCGCGGAGUGAGAAGGUGCUGCGGGUCAUCACCGAUGCGGCGGAUCACUUGGCCAAAGGAUCUAGCGACGAUAGCGAGGAUGUGGACAUCUCGACCACGCAGGGAUCGGAGGCGGAGGAGGAGACAGCCGAGGCCUCCAGUGCUAGCGACGAGACGAGCGAGACGGAGACCGAGACAGAGGACUCCAACAGCAGCAACGUCACAGAUGGCGCCAUCAACAGUGCGGAGGUUCUGCCGGAUGAGGAUCAACCUUACACUGCUGCCGAGAUGAUGAAGAGUGCCAAAGAGCACAAGGGUACCGCCAUACCGUCCAGCGCCAGUGGGACCCCUGGGACCCCGAGUCAGAGGCCCAUCGCGGUGCACAGCGUCCAUUCCCCCGGGGCCCACGUGGUGAAGGCGGUGAGUCCUGGAAGUGACAAGCACGCAGGCGAGGACGACCACGACGAGGAGGAAGAACUAGAGGUUGAGAGUCCGGCCAAGAGUGGAGGAAAGGUGCUGGUGGGAUUGACCGUCUUCCUGGGAAGCUUGUUGAUGGUCGUGGCCAUCACCUCAGCUGGCUACAUGGCCUACCAGCGCAGCCAGGAGCAGAGACAACCACGAGAUGCGGCACCAGCGCAGGCACCCGCAGCCUCUCCAGCCCCAGCGGCAGCCUCAACGCGGGGCUCCCGCGCAUCCGGAGCCUCCGGAGCCUCCGGGGCGGGUGCUGCGCCAGCGGAUGCCCCAACCUUCACUGGGGGCCCUGGAGGCCCUGAGGCCGGAGCAUGA